AUGCUUUUGGCACUGGCAGCGAGCCAAUAAAGGUGGCACCUAAAUACAACAGGCAUGCAGUUCCUCUGACUGGCCAUACCUUAAAGGUCGCAUUCUGAAUGUCCCAGCUUCUUACUGGGUUCAUUUCCCCAUCUUGAUUGCAUGAAUCAGACAUCAGUAUUGUGCCUGUCUGCUGUUCCUGAGUCAAAGUGAGCAAAUACAGCAGCGAAUAGGGUUUAAAAGCAUGGGAUGGAUGACUGGACAUUGGCCCUGCCUCCACUUCCUGCCAGCAAUCACUCUUUUCUCCUUGAUUGCAGCUCCAGAACAGAGUGCGUCAUUCUCCCUGUUUGAAGACACUGUUCAGAAAUGGAGACAGUACCGCAAUGAGUGCAUCGAGAAUGUACUGUCUCAGCCGGAUUCCCUCACAGGUGAUUUCUGCCAUCGUUUCUUUGACAUGCAUAUCUGCUGGCCAGAUGCAUUGCCAGGAACCAAAGUGAAUGUUUCAUGUCCCUGGUAUAUUCCUUGGAUAGACAGAGUUGAUAAAGGCUCUGCAUUCAGAUACUGUACUGAAAAAGGUUCUUGGCUAAUGGACAAUUACACAAAUGAGCCCUGGGUUGAUCAUUCAGAAUGUGAUGAAGAUCAUGUGUUUCUACAUCAACAGCUGGUCAAGCAGCAGACUCUGAGCACAUUCCGCUUUGUUUACACGGCUGGUUACACUCUGUCUCUCAUUACACUCAUCGGGGCAAGUCUAACUCUCAUCUCAUUCAGGAAACUCCAUUGCAUGAGAAACUAUAUCCAUCUGAACCUGUUUGGCUCCUUCAUCCUCCGAGCUAUUGCCGUGUUGGUCAAAGAUGUGCUCAUGGACAAUCCACAAGCAGGAAAUGGCAAUGUCAGUGUCGAAUUGCAGACUGCUGAUCCAGACAUGGUUACAAUGUGGUGUCGCUCUUCACAGAUCUUCCUCCACUACAGUGUACUCUGCACCUACCACUGGCUGUUGGUUGAAGGUCUAUUCCUCUAUUUCCUGCUCAUUGUGUCUGUUUUCACUGAACAGAAGUGCUUUCUGGUCUAUCUGCUGAUUGGUUGGGGUGUCCCCUUGAUUUUUGUGUUUCCAUGGAUCAUUGUCAAGUUCUUACAAGAGAAUUCUGGGUGCUGGAGACAAAACACUAACAUGUCCUUCUGGUGGAUUGUGCGAUCACCAAUGUUACUUGUCAUCAUUAUUAAUUUUGCAAUAUUCAUCAGAAUAAUAAUUCUACUCGUCUCCAAGAUGCGAUCCCAUCAGACACACAAUACAGAUUUUAAAAAUCGAUUAACAAAAUCGACGCUAAUUCUAAUCCCUUUGUUGGGGGUGCACGAGAUUUUUUUUAUUUUUAUCACGGAUGAGAAUGCUAAAGGAAUACUUCGAUACAUAAAACUAUUUGUUGAACUCCUCUUUGGCUCCAUACAGGGCUUGUUGGUGGCAGUCCUGUAUUGUUUUAUUAAUGGCGAGGUCCAGAAUGAACUGAAGAAGAAACUGCAGUUGUGGAAGAUGAAAAGGAAUCUCAGAAAGUCUCAUCAUCGACACUGCAGUGAUCAGAGGGAGAAUUUUGAUAGCACUGGUCAGUACAUUGAGAUGGGAACAAGAGAUGACCUGGAGUCGCCCAAUACAGAUGAAGCUCUUCUCAACACACUCAGCUCCAAUCAGGGUCUAAAUUCAGAGAUCACUGAGCUCCCAAGACAGGCCUCUGAAAUCCUGCUCAAUGUGACAGCUGUUUAGAAUGGAAUGGCAAUAUAAUAGUGAUGGAGCACAAGGAUCACACACUACCUAGGUAACACAAGCUUAAAGAUAAGCAGCUAGCAUUGAACCAAACAUAUUUCAAUGAGAUUGAAAGAAUUAGUUGGUGAAAGAAAGGAAACUGUCAGCUCAGAAAUGGCAAAAAGAGAAAACUCAGACUUUGUUUGUUCCAAAAUAACAUUUGUACCACUCAAAUACCAAGCAAUGACCAUCUACCAUAAGAGACAAUCUAACCACCUCCCCUUGACAUUUAAUGGCAGUACCAUCGCUGAAUCCCCCACUUCAACAUCUUGAGAUUACCAUUGACCAGGAUCUCAACUGGACUUGCCCUAUAAAUACAGUGACUAUAACAGUAGGUGAGAGGCUAGGAAUACUGCAGCAUGUAGAUGGUGGAGAAUUACAAGGAACAAGACCAGGGUAUGUUCGAAUACUGUCCACUUGCCUGGAUGUGCGCAGCUCCAAAAGCACUCAAGAAGCUUGACACCAUCCAGCGUAAAGCAGCCUGUAUGAUCGGCAUUACAUCUAUAAGCGUUCACUUCACCAGCUAUGCAAGGGGUUUACUACCUACAAAUUGCACUGUAGAAAUUUGCCAAAGCUCAGUAGAUUAUAAUUUCCAAACCUGUUCUGUCUAGAAGAACAGGGACAGAAGAUUUAUGGAAACACUACCACGUGGAAGAUCCCUUCCAAGCCACUUGUCAUCCUAUCUUGGAAAAAUAUCACCAUUCCUUCACUGUCACUGGGCCAAAAUCCUGGAAUUUCCUCUCUAACAGCAUUCUCUCCCUACAUGGACUUCAGCAGUUCAAGGCGGCAACUCAAAGCCACCCUCUCAAGCACAACUAGUAAUGGGCAAUAAAUGCUGGUUAGCCAGUGAUGCCCACAUCCCAUGAGUAAAUUUAAAAAAAAAAUUCCAGCCACAUUUUCAUGUUUGUCACAUUUCAGUUUCUCGAUGAGAGUUUAAUGCACUCAGUGUUUAUGAUGGUCAAGGUCAGAAGAUAGAGGCUAUUGACAAUGCAUAACACUUCUCUAGCCAAACAUCUCAGAUUUGGUUCCCUCUACUUGGAGGUGGAGCUUUGGGAACUGGGAGGAGUCUCAGAGCUAUGAACGGACCAGUGACUUAAAAACUACGUCAGAGGGUAUUCCAAGCUAUGGGUUAACAGAUAGACUUAUAAUUUUAUAGAAGAAAAUGUCUGUAGAAGGACUCUUGGAGAUACGCAGAAAUUGUCCAGCAUUACAUGUACCUGAUGCUAUUGAAUCUAGAUUACUAAUGAGUAAUGACUGGAGAGGUGCAAGUCACACAAUAUGAUAAACUGAUAUUUGUUAGAAAUGAUAAGGUUUUCUUAGAGCAUUCGGGGUCUUUGUUUCAUUCUUGCACAUAUCAAAGCCACUAUUUAGUUAAAUACCAUGAACAUCCAACUGUAGAUGUUAAACAUGUGAUUCUUCUUAAUAGAAUUAUUUAACUUUAAAAAUGAAAGGUUAAAAAAUCACAACAAAUGGCAAGAUUUUAUUGUUUUUAAGUGCAAGAUGUGAUAAAAACUGAAUUACAAAUAUUAAGUGUAAUUGAAUAAAUACUAGUAAAAAUAUAUAUA